CAGACAGUUCCACCACAAGAUCUCCCCAUAAAUCUGCCAUCUAUACAAACCCCCACAAUGUCCCAUCACUGCCAUGAUGAACACGAUGGCCACGGCCACUCCCACGGCGACGACGGCGCCCACGACCACAGCGACGACAUCACCCCCGCGAUCCAGCACUCGCUAUACCAACACAUCGACUUCGACGCCAUCACGACGCUGAAUGAGGCUGUUGCUGGGUCUGGGGCGGCGGUGGUGAAGAAGACGUGGGCGGAGCGGUUGGAGGAUGUGCCGGAGGUGGGGAGUGAUGCUGAUGAGCAGCUUUUGAUGCAUAUUCCGUUUACGGGCCAAAUCAAGCUUCACUCGAUACUAAUCCGCACCUCUCUCUCCCCUUCCGCCCCCCGCACACUCAAACUCUUCAUAAACCGCACCGACAUCGACUUCGACCUCGCCACCCAACUCCCCCCCACGCAAACCCUGCACCUCUCCCAAACCUCCGAGAUCCAAGAUAUCCCCAUCAAGCGCGCCUUAUUCGGUAAAGUGCAGAGCUUGACGCUGUUUUUUGAGGAUAGUUUUGGGGAGGGGGACGAGGAGGUUAGUAGGGUGGGUUAUGUGGGGUUUAGGGGGGAGUGGAUGAGGUUGGGGGGGGCGCCGGAGGGGGUGCUUUAUGAGGCUGCGGCGAAUCCGAGGGAUCAUAAGGUUAAGGGGGUGGGGGCGUUGGGGAUGGGGAGUCGGUUGGGGGGGUGA